AAAAAACAUUGCAAGCGUUUACUUUGGAAGCAUCAGUUAGAUAAUUUCUUGAGUUUCCUUUUCAUAAAAUCAAGGUAACCGAUUUGAAGUAUGGAUCCGAAACAUGCAACAUACAAGAAGUUGGUCUGUAGGAAACUUAGUACAGACUUCCGAGAAGCUGUAGCAAUAGAAACAGUAAAUAUGUGUCAUCCUAAGAAAGGAGAAAUCUGUGUUAAAAACAAGUUUGUGGGCAUCAAUGCUAGUGACGUGAACAUAACUAAAGGGAUAUAUUUUGGUGAUGGAAAAGUUCCUUUCGACAUCGGCUUUGAAGCCGUCGGAGAAGUGGUCGCGGUUGGAGAUGACGUGAAAAAUUUCACAUUGGGGCAAAAUGUUGCAUAUAUGAGUUCCAAGCUUGGUGCUUAUUCUGAGUAUUGCUGCCUUGAAACAAAGGCUGCAUUUCCCGUACCAGAAGCGAAACCUGAUUAUCUCGUCCUUUUAGCAAGUGGUCUUACAGCUGCUAUCGGAUUAGACAAAGCUGGCCGUAUUACAGAAGAAGAUACGGUUCUGAUUACCGCUGCUGCUGGUGGAACAGGACACAUUGCGGUUCAGUGGGCAAAAGCUGCUGGUUGUAAAGUCAUUGGAACUUGUUCGACUGCCGACAAAAAAAAAGUUCUCAAAGAACUUGGUUGUGAUCGUGUUAUCAAUUAUAAGACGGAAGACUUCGCUGAAGUAUUAUCCAAGGAAUAUCCGAAAGGUGUAUCUGUGAUUUGGGAAACUAUUGGAGGCAAGGUGUUUGAGACUUGCUUGAAGAAUUUAGGCGAAAAGGGCAGGCUAUUAAUCAUUGGAGGUACUUCAUCUUACAAAUCAGAAAGUGAGAAGGCAAUCGGGAAUGUGGAUAUUUCAUAUGCUCCCCAAAUAUUGCUUGCUAAAUCUGCAGCUCUUCAAGGUUUUCUUUUACUUCACUUUUCUGAAUGCUUCGAAACUUAUUUCAAGCAUUUAAAAGAACGCAUUGAGAAAGGAGAAUUGAAAGCAGUUAUAGACACUGGAGAGGAUACUACAGGAACAGAAUUUGUUGGCAUGGAAGGUGUUAUAAGAGGAGUUGAACAUCUGCACAGUGGAAAAAACAUCGGAAAAGUUGUAGCUAGAGUUUCAUGAAGAUGUGAGGACUAUACCGCAUUUUCACAAUACCUGGUUUCCAAUCAGACAAGUGGCGAAUAGUAAAAAAAGAAAAAAAAAAAAAAAAAAAAAAAAGAGAUUU